UCGGCGAACGGUCCACUCAUAUACCAAAUAAACAAAAAAUUGCUGCAGAAAUUCGAGGAUCCCCUAAAAUCCAAAUCCCGGAGCCCGGAUCAGACUCAGAUUCCAGUAGCCAGUUGCCAGACGCCAGCGCAAGAUGGACGAGCCGUCGGACGAUGAGAACUCGGAGCCCACGCCCAAGAAGAUCAAGCGGGAGUGGGUGAAGAGCUACUCGAACAAGGCGAUGGAGAUGAUGAAGAAGAUGGGCUACGAGAACGACAAGGGUCUGGGCAAGAGCAACCAGGGUCGCCUGGAGCCGGUGAUUGCGGUGCAGCAGGACGGUCGCCGUGGCUUCGGCCUCAAGCUGGACACGGUGCAAUCCUCGGCCGGCCAGUGGGAUCCCGCCUGCGAGGAGCUCGAGAUUCCCGAGCCGGUUCUCUGGCUCCACAAUCCCGGCGGUGGUGAAUCCUACACCCUCGACCAGCUAAUGGGCCACCUGGUCACCGGACCAAAGAAGCUGACCCUCGACGAGGAGACGCGCUACUGCGAUCCGGCCACCCUGCAUCACAUCCUCAAUGCCAAAACGGUGUUCGAUGAUCUCAACGACAGCGAGAAGCGGCGGGCGCGUUCCCGCUGCAAUCCCUUCGAGACCAUCCGCAGCUCCAUCUUCCUCAACCGCGCCGCCGUCAAGAUGGCCAACAUCGACUCCAUGUGCGACUUUAUGUUCACCAACCCGCGCGAUCCCGACGGCCAGUCUCUGGUGGCGGCCGACGAGCUGCUCUACUUCACAGACAUGUGUGCAGGCCCCGGCGGCUUCUCCGAGUACGUGCUCUUCCGCAAAUCCUGGGAGGCCAAGGGUUUCGGCUUCACGCUGCGCGGCGCCAACGACUUCAAGCUGGAGAAGUUCUUUGCCGCCUCGCCGGAGUCCUUUGACACGUUCUACGGCGUGAAGGAGGACGGCAACAUCUUCGAUGAGGGCAACCAGGACUCGCUGAACGAGUACAUCCGCCUGCACACGCCGCAGGGCGUUCACUUCGCCAUGGCCGACGGCGGCUUCUCGGUGGAGGGGCAGGAGAACAUCCAGGAGAUCCUCUCCAAGCAGCUGUACCUCUGCCAGUUCCUCACCGCCCUGAAGAUUCUGCGGCCCAACGGCAGCUUCGUCUGCAAGGUCUUCGAUCUGUUCACGCCGUUCAGCGUGGGCCUGGUCUAUCUGAUGUACAAGUGCUUCCGGCAGAUAGCCAUCAUCAAGCCGAACAGCAGCCGGCCGGCGAACUCGGAGCGCUACCUGGUCUGCAAGUACAAGCGGUCGGACGCGGAGACGGCCGCGAUCGUGGGCUACCUGAAUGCGGUGAACAUUAUGCUGGGCGAGGAGGAGGAGGCGGCGGCGCAGCGGCAGGAGGACGUGCUGGAGAUCUUCGAUGCCAACGAGCUGGCCGAGGACGAGGACUUCCUGCGCUACAUCGUCGACUCGAACAACGCCAUCGGGCGCAAGCAGAUCGUCGGUCUGCGCAAGAUAGCCGCCUUCGCCCAGAAUCCCGAGCUGAAGGAGACCCGGCAGUCGGAGGUGCGGCAGGAGUGCCUCAAGCGCUGGGGUCUGCCCGACAAGCUGCGCCAGGCGCCCGAGAUCAAGCCGACGGACAGGCUGCUGGAGGAGCUGCUCGCCGACUGGGCGGCCGAUCGCGGCUGGAUGAAUCUGACGGCUGCCGAGAUGAGCGGCGUGGCCAGCCUGAAUAUGGCCGUGAAGAACGUGGCCGACUGGUACUUUGUGCCCGUGGGUCGCGAGGAGACCAACAUCAAUGCCUGCACCCUGUUCCUCUGCAAGUCGCGGGGCAAUCUACUGCGCUACACGGAGCACAAGAAGUGGGAGCUGGUGGAGACCGCCUUCGAGGUGCAGCCGCGCUCCAUCUUCUUCGGCCAGAUCGUGUACGAGUUCUACGGCGAGGGCAGGACGAUCCAGCGGGUGGCCGCGCUGCACAUCAUCGACGGCAUUUGCCUGGGCGGCAUCGACAUACGGCGACGGCCUUUCCGCGAACGCGUCAGCAUGUGCGACAAGUUCGCCAGGAGUCUAAAUAAGCCGCAUCGCAAGGAGCGAACGUUCGGGGCGCUGCGCAGCAAGCCCUUCUUCCGGCUGCAGGACAUGGGCAGCUUCUUCGCGGACAUGCGACACUAUGUGCUCAAGGACAACUCGCAGCGAUUCGGCUAUGCGCUGGACGACAACAAGUUCUUCGUGCCCGGCGGCAUACUGAUGUUCUGCGAACUGACCACCAACUACGUGUCCGCCCACUCGCGAUCCCGCGGCCAGCUGUACUACUUCAACGUGACGAACAAGGAGUCGUACUACAAGGAGCACUUGCCCAGCAAGAAGGCCGCCGAGAUCUUCGCCUCGUUCCGGCACAGCUACUCGCGCCGCCUGCUCUGGAAGUGGACGGACCUGCGCCAGGUGGAGGAGCUGGCCAGCGAGGACAAUCCAAAGAUCCUGUUUCGCAGCGACUUCGUCAAGUUCAUCGCGGACAAGCUGGGCCACAGCUAGGCACUUAGCU